GUGUGCUGGCUGUCCCCCGAGCAGACGGCAGGGAAGCAGAAGCCCUACAUGUACACACAGGGCCAGGCUGUCCUCAACAGGUCCUUCUUCCCCUGCUUUGACACCCCCUCGGUCAAGUUCACCUACUCAGCCACUGUGAAGGUCCCUGAGGGCUUCAUGGCUGUGAUGAGUGCCACGAGCUGGGAAAAGCAGAAGGAUAACACCUUUGUCUUCAAGAUGUCCCAGCCAAUCCCCUCCUACCUGGUUGCCCUGGUCGUUGGGGACAUUGUGUCUGCUGAUGUUGGCCCGAGGAGCCGUGUCUGGGCUGAGCCCUGCCUGAUCGAGGCUGCCAAGAAGGAGUACGAUGGAGUGAUUGAGGAGUUCCUGACAGUUGGAGAGAAACUCUUUGGACCUUAUGUUUGGGGCAGGUAUGACAUCCUGUUCAUGCCUCCCUCCUUCCCCUUCGGCGGGAUGGAGAACCCCUGUCUCACCUUCGUGACGCCGUGCCUGCUGGCCGGGGACCGCUCGCUGGUGGACGUCAUCAUCCACGAGAUCUCCCACAGCUGGUUCGGUAACCUGGUCACCAACGCCACGUGGGGAGAGUUCUGGCUCAACGAGGGCUUCACCAUGUACGCCCAGAGGCGCAUCUCCACCGAGGUCUAUGGUGCAGCAUACACCUGCCUGGAGGCUGCCACGGGAAGGGCCCUCCUGCGCCAGCACAUGGAUGCAACGGGGGAGGACCAUCCGCUCAACAAGCUGCGGGUGGUGAUCGAGCCAGGUAUCAAUCCAGAUGACACAUACAAUGAAACACCCUAUGAGAAGGGAUACUGCUUCGUCAGUUACUUGGCCCAUCUCGUGGGGAACCAGAGCAAGUUCGAUGCCUUCCUCCAGGCCUACGUGAACCAGUUCAAGUUCCAGAGCAUCACCGCGGACGACACCCUCGGGUUCUUCCUGGAGUACUUCCCGGAGCUGAAGGAGAAAGGCGUGGACUCCAUCCCAGGGUUCGAGUUUAACCGCUGGCUGAACACGCCGGGCUGGCCGCCCUACCUGCCCGACCUCUCUCCGGGGCAGCAGCUGAUGAAACCAGCAGAUGCCCUGGCAGAGCUCUGGGCAGCUGAUAGCUUGAACAUGGAGGCAGUCGAAGCUGUGGACAUCACGGGCUGGAGGACAUACCAGCUGGUCUACUUCUUGGAUCAGAUCCUGCAGAAAUCCCCCCUGCCUGAAGGCAAUGUGGAAAGGCUGAGCAAGAUGUACCCCAAGAUCUCCAAGGCUCAGAAUGCUGAGCUGCGACUGCGCUGGUGCCAGAUCAUCCUCAAGAACAACCUGGAGGCUGAGUUCAGCAAAGUCAAGGAAUUCCUGCACAGCCAGGGGAAGCAGAAGUACACUCUGCCCCUGUACCGCUCCAUGUGGGGUGGGUCGGAGGCCACCCGGGCCCUGGCCAUGGAGACCUUCUCUGCUACGGCCCCUCAGCUCCACGUCAACGUCCAGAACUACGUCAAGAAGAUCCUGGGCUUGGAGGUGGCAGAGGCCUAA